AUGGACUCUAAAACAUUCGGCCGCGCGAUGAAGCAGUCCAAGGCGUUGUGGGUGUUCGUCCCACCUUCUCUGGCUCAGGACAAGGAUGAUGCGUGGCAGGCCCCGCUCCCGUCCCCUCCACCUCCGACUCCGUGCAGCAGGAACUCUUUGGAGGGCCCUUUGAAUGCCAACUUGAUGGAUCCUUUCUUCGCUAUGAUGCCCAAGGCAGGCGUGCCGCACUUCAUGACUCCCACCGCUCCCGAAUUCGCGGUGGCCCACCCCACGCUCCCAAUGUCCCCCACGUUCCAGUUCCCCUCCAUUCCUGAGGUCGAACUAGAAGAUGAAUGUAAAAGCCCCACCACGCCGACGCACGACCAUUUCUUCUCGAAUUCCGAGUACUACGCCCACGAAGAGGCCACCCGGUGCCACGCUCCAUUCUCCCCCGGUUCCUCCGAGUUCUCCCCCGGGGCCGACUCCGGCGUCUCGUUCAGCCCGCUUUUCAGCCUCAGCCCGAACCCGAGCCCGUUCUCCAAGCGCAAGCAGUAUGAGCUCGAGCUCGACGAGCCCGAACGCGGGCGUUCACCCUCACGCCCUUCGACCCCGCUCUCGUUCUCCCGCCGGCGCUCGCGCUCGCGCCCCCUCCCGGACCGCCGCGUGCCGAGCUUCGCGUCCGUGGCAUCCUCGGUCGACAUGGACAUGGACGACAGCUUCGACUCGACCUGGGAGUUCGACGACCCCGCGGAGCUCGGCCUCAACCUCGACCGCAGCGGCGUCGACCCCGCGCUCGCGCUCGCACCCUCGUCCUCGCCCGCCGUGGAGUGGUUCUUCGGCGCGCCGCCGUGCACGCGUCGCCCGUCGCUCGCCGUCGGUGGGCUCUCGUCCCCCGUCGCGGAGGACAAGGUGACGGAGCGCCUGCAGCAGCUCGCGCGCGCGAUGCAAGGCCGCGCGGGCGACAGCGUCGGCUACUUCGACGAUGUCGACAUGGGUCUCGACCUCGACCUCGACGCGUUCCGCUUCGGGGCGCUGCCCAGCAAGGGCGCGGCGUACGCCGCGGAGCGCGCGGACGAGAACCUGGCCUGA